GAAUCACAAGGCCGGCCCGGGCCGUUCCGCUGCACCGAGCAGGCCCAGGGGGCGGUGCCGGCCGGGCGGGGAGGGCCGCCUGGUUUCGCUUUCGUUUCCCGGCGUAGCGGCGGGGCCUCGGGGCCGCAGGUAGCGAGGCGGGGUCGCGGCACUGCGCGGCGCUGGGGCCGGGGGCGGGCAGAACCGAGUCUUAGAAGCAGCGGGAAAACGGGCCCGGUGUGGAGCGGCCCGGCCCGCUGAGAGCGGUGAGGUCCGAGCAGGCCCGCGCCCGCGGGUAGGCCGCUGUAGGGCCUUGUCCCCUCGGCCCGUUUGCCGCCCCGUCCCCGCAGGCAUGGCCGGCUGCACGGUGCAGGUGUGGGGCAUCCCCAGCGACCUGCCCCCCGACAGGGUGGCCGACAAGCUGACCAUCCACUUCCUGCGUUCCCGCAACGGUGGCGGGGAGAUCAGCGACGUGCAGGUGCUGCCGGGGUCCCCGGCCUACGCCCUCAUCACCUUUGAGGCACUGGCAGUGGCCCAGCGUAUCCUGAAGGUGAAGAACCACGUGCUGUGCAUCGGAGGGAAGAGGUACCCCCUGGAGGUGAAGGCGCAUGUAGUGAAGCUGAGCCCUGAUGAGAUCUUUGUACGUGUUUUCAUGGUGGUUGACUAUGGUAAGUUUCCUGCUGGUGAAACACUCUUAAAGAACUUGAAGAAAGGCUACAGCAGCAUGCAGUUCGACUUUGACUACAGGAGCACGCUUUGCAGAGUCAAGGGAACAUUCACUGAGCUGCAGGCCUUCAGCAGAGACCUGCUGGCCUGCCUGAACAUCAAAAGCCAACCCACUGGAGAGAGGCUUUCUUCAGGAUCCAGCCAUUCGGCCAGAAACACCAGAAUGUAUGAUUACCAGCAAGAGCCUGACUCUGCUGCGUCAGCAUCAAAGGCAGUAAAGCUGCCACACUGGGACCAGGUGUGUGAUAAGGCAGCUGAUGGCCCAUCACCUCGAAGCCCAGUGGAUGGGGAAGCUCUGGAACAGCUGGAGGACUUUUCCCUGGUCAUGGACUCAGACAUUUACUUGUACAUACAAAGGUUCUGUGCUUCUGAGUACCAAGGUAUACUUUGCCAGCAUCAUGUAGAUGCGGUGGAUGUUAGCAGCAAUGACAUAACCAUACUGUACCUCCAACCAUCUCCAGGUACAUCUGGGGACAUGGACACUUUGCAACAGUCCCGCCUGGCACUACAGCACCUCUACCAGCAGCUGGAAGUGAACUUGCGCAAAGAGAAGCUCUCCAAGGGAGGACUGAACAACCAGGAGCUCAGGGCUCUGACACAGGAGCUGCAGGAGCUGUAUCCCCAGUUGCUCUGCCAUGAAGAUGGGAAACAGCUUGACCUUAUUGGAAACCUUGUUGAUGUCUCCCAGGCCAAGCAGUAUGUUCAACAUUUCAGCACCAGAAGUGGUGCCCCACAGAUGGCUGGCAUGUUCAGUAGCUCCCCACCCUCACAGCCAGCAACGUCCUACACUACAGAGACUACAUUGGACAAGCCCAAAGUUUCUGUGGACACCCUGCCUCUAAAGCUAAGCCCAGGCAAGCCAGAGCUGAAAGCAGAGCACAAGUUGGCAGCCAACUUCAGUGCUCCAAAAAUUAGCAGGUCUCAGUGCCUUUUGGAAAAUCAGGACUCUCCUGUGAUGGAGCAGGCACAGCUUUCUGGAAAGCAUUUCUCAGAGACACAUGCUCUGGGUCCCAGUGACCCAACAACACUGGCACAGCCAUGCCAGCCUCAUAUCUCUACAGUGGAUGUGAUUUCAAAGUCAGCAGCAGAGUCUCAGCAGGACCCCAAAGAAUGGGGACAUGUGAAAGGAGGGGGUAGGCUUACAAGACAGAAGAGUCUGCCUCCUUUUGGAAGCAAAGAAAAUGGCACUUUAAAGCAUCCUGGGGACUUGACAGGCUCAGAUCCCAGCAAACACCAUUCCCUUGCUGGCACGUCUAGUAUCUUUCAAUCUCUAAGUCUCUUUGACACAACAAGGACCUCUUUAGACUCCAAACCCUCUGAAUCCAGGUCUAUGCUGCGACGCUCCAGUAGCUUUUCCCUGCCAAAGUCAAAGGAAAGCAACAAGCCCCAAGGCACUGGCAGGGCAGCCAGUGGAGACAAUACGGUGAGUGAAGAAAUGAGCCUGGACUCUCUGCAGUGGUCUUAUCUGAAGUGUGCCUGUCGCUCUGCUAUUGAUGAAUUGUGCAGGGGCAGAAUUGUGGACAUCUCAGAGCAUUCCACUGGGGACUGCACUGUGCUCACAUUGCAGGCAGCAGACAGGAGCAAGCUUCUCCAAGCUAAAUGGAAGGUGGAAAAUCUUGUGCAGAAGUGUCCUGACCUUGUGUGUCAGAGUAUGAGCUACUCAGAGCUUGCUGUAGAUGGGCCAGAUGAUGACGCUCUGUGCGAACUGUGCAGCCUCUUGCAAGGAGGUUCCCUCCAGGUUGGGCUCAGCAAAGACAAGUAUAAGCUCUAUCUUGCCUGCCCCAGAGACAUGCUGCCAGGAGUGACUGAGGCCUUCCAUCUGUUCUCUUCCAGGAGGCUCCAUGCCCUGAAGUCUUCAUCCUUGUCUCCAGGACCAGAGAGGACUGUAAGUGCAGGGCACCCAAGUGCUGUCCAGCCAAGCAGAAGCCAGGACACCAUGCUGGAUGCAGCCCUUCCUAACAGCCUGGAGUCUCUGCAGAUGGACCUGCAGCACCUGGACAUUAGCAAUAAAACAGCGCACCCAGAGGUUCUAAAUGCUUUCCAGCAGCUAGAGACUGAUGAAAACAGAUCCCCCAGUCUUUGGAGAUUCCCACAAGCACAGGAGGAGGCCAAUGACCACAUCGAUCCUGGGGCUGUGCAGGGAAGAAGCAGCUUUCUCAGCCCUAACAUAAUGGAAAACUUCAAUCCUGCUGCUCUGAGGGAGACAAAGGAACAGCUGAAGACCAAAGUGUUGCUUGGGGAACUUGACAUUGCACGGCUAAAGCAGGUUUUGCCAGACAAGUUCCAGUUUGUGAAAGACAAGAGCAGAGUAGGCCAUCAUGAUGCCAUGGGACAGCUGCAAUCACCAGUCCUCACAGCUGAUGAUACUCCUCACUCCGUGCCCACCUGCCUGUGCAAGAGUACAGCUCCUGAUUCACCCCACGCUGCAGCUGAACAGUCACCUGCAGCUGAGCUCAAGUCCCAGGAAAGUAACAGUUCAGGCAGGAGCAGCAUUCAGGAGUCGUCCAACCUCCCAGCACUGCAAACAAAAGACACCAGCCUUGAACAGGAAAGCUGCAAGACUCCUCUGAGCCAAUGUGAUGCUUGCCAGGACUUAUGCGUCACAUGCCAGACCCACUAUGGUCAUGCCUUGUGCAGGUCAUGUUUUGCAAAUCAGCCAGCUUGCUGCAGUUCCUCCUUGGUUGCCCCAGGCUGCAAGAUCUCAGGAACUUUCAAGAUAUCCUCUUUGUCACAGAGCUUGCCUGGCUACUUCCGAGACCUGACACUCCAAAUUACCUACACCAUCCCCAAUGGCAUUCAAGGGGUUGGUCAUCCUCAUCCAGGAGAGCCUUACAAAGGGGGAUAUUUCUUAGCGUUCCUGCCUGACAACAGGGAAGGGCAGAAGACAGCAAUUCUGCUGAAGAAAGCAUUUGAGCAAGGGCUGACAUUUCAAGUCAAGUCCUACAACGGAGAAGAAAGAGUGACAUGGGGCCCUAUCCCACACAAAACCUCCUGGCAUGGAGGCAAAGCCAGGAACGGCUAUCCAGAUGCCCAGUAUCUCCAUGAGGUUUGUACUGUCCUGAAGAAAUUGGGCAUUGACUGAGACUCUGCGCCUGAGCAUUCACAUCCUGUGCCUUCACUUCACCUUCCUUUCCUGUUGACAAAACUACAGCUCAGCACAGCUCAGGAAAACAGCAGAUGCCUGCCCAAGGAGUGAAUUGUGUCCUGAGACAGCCAGAAGUCUACACGUUAGCAACAGCAGCCCUUCUAUCUCGCAGCUUGGAGCUGAGCGACCCCAAGCCUCUAGCUCUUACUAGUUGUUCAUCUUCUCACCAGCCAGUUAAGUAAAAGCUUGUUUCACCACCAGAUUCAGGCUGAGCCCUGGCAUGAUUUUCAACAAAGUGCCAUUUAACCAAGCUGGUGUAGGAGCUUGCUUGUAGCUCAACCCCAGACUUCUGGAAGUCUGUUCCCUUUGGCUGCUACAGGCAGGCUCCAUCUCAGCCACCUCCAGAGCCUGUGCCAGAGCUGAGCUAUCAUUAAUUUCAGAUGUUUAUGUUGACAUUUCAGUCCUCGAGCUGACAGCCAUGAACUACAGCCCCUCCCCAACACCUGCUCUGGGGACAGGUUUAUGCGUGGUUGGAGACAGCAGCAAUGAGUUUCAGCUCUGAACAGCUGCCUCCUGAGAAUAUCAGGCAUAGAUAGGCUGCAGGUGCAGAAACACAAAUAAACAAGAUUUAUCUCCACAUUCUUUGUAGCGGUUGCUCACACUCUGUCUGUCAUUCUGGGACCCAUUUCAAUCUCAGCUGUCUACAGGGACACCCCAACACAAACUAAAGUGCAGAGACCAGCUAAGUGCUUUGCAAACAAAAAUAAUCACUGUAACUGCCCUCCAAAAUAGAGUACUGUAAGAG